CAGCAUGAUGUUUUACUUCUUCUUUGUUCCCAUUUUUAUUAUUUCCAAAAACAAUUUCUCCUCUCUGCCCCCUCAUUCAUUCCACUGCAUCCUUUGUUAUUUCAAGAUCUCUCUUUGCAAAUCCCUUUUUCCAGAUUUCCCUUAUUGGCCAAAAAUAUUAUUUUGCUUGCAUAUACUGCUAAUCUUGUUGAAGAAAUAGACAAUUGAUUUGUGGGCAUAAUUUUCCAUUUUUUUUUUUUUUUCACUUUUCUUUUUCCACCCUACUAGCUAGGGCCACAUUCUGUUUUGUCCUUGUUGUUUAUGUUUAUGCAAGAAAAAAGAGAGAUAUGAAUAAUAAUGAUAAUAAGAUAGGAAAUUGUAAUAGUAAUAGUAUGAUGAUAUCUCCUCAGCCUUUGGAGGGUUUAAAUGAGGCAGGGCCAACACCAUUCUUGAACAAGACAUAUGAAUUGGUAGAAGAUGAGACAACUAAUGAGAUAGUUUCUUGGGGCAGAGGUAACAACAGCUUCAUUGUUUGGGAUCCUCAGUCUUUUGCUAUGAAUCUCCUUCCAAGGUACUUCAAGCACAACAAUUUCUCCAGUUUUGUCAGGCAGCUCAAUACUUAUGGCUUCAGGAAAGUUGAUCCUGACAGAUGGGAGUUUGCAAAUGAAGGGUUUUUGAGGGGGCAAAAGCAUCUCCUAAAACACAUUAGGAGGAGAAAACACAAUCCACCAAAUAUUAAUCCACAACCAAUUACUUCUUCCAAACAAAGUGCAAAUUCCGAAUCUUGUGUCGAGGUCGGAAUGUACGGAUCCUUGGAUGCCGAAAUCGACCGUUUGAGGCGCGACAAACACGUCCUAAUGGCGGAGUUAGUAAAACUCCGACAACAACAACAAAACACCAAACACCAUUUGAGUGCGAUGGAGCAAAGGCUUAGAGGGACCGAGCUUAAGCAACAACACACGAUGAGUUUCUUGGCGAGGGUGUUAAAGAAUCCGACUUUUUUGCAGCAAAUCGUGCAGCAAAAUGACUGGAGGAAGGAGAUCGAGGAGGACAUCGGGAAGAAGAGAAGGAAGAAAAUCGAUCUUGGUUUGGGAAAUAAUAGUAUUCGGGAUUUUGAUGUUUAUUUGGGUACAAACGAUGAUAUUGUUGGUAAUUUUCAAGAAUUAGGCCAAGUUGGGGGAGAAAGUGGCUUUGUCGAUGAUGUCGAGAAUGUUUAUGUUAAGAUGGAACCUCAAGAAGUUGGUGAUGGCGUUUGUGGAUUUGGGACGAACUUGGAAGAACCCUUGAUCGAAAAUAAGAUUGGGGAAGGAGUUUUGAGUGAUAGCCACGAACAAGGAAAGAUGAUGAAUAAUGUUGGGGAAGAUUCGUUUGGCGAUGAUAAGUUUUGGGAUGGGUUGAUCAAUGAUGGGAUUGAUGAUGGGAUUGGGACUUUUGGUCGGUUCGAGGGCGUUGAUGUCUUGGCCGAGCAAUUAGGGUUCUUGGGUUCGAGUUCCAGAUAGAAGGAUCGAAGGUUUGAAAUUAAUGCUUUAUCUAAAGUCUCGACGGGCUUACGUUUUUCGAUCGAUUUGGUCAGUCAAAUCCUAUUUACACCAUUGUCUAAUAACCCACAAGGUCUGCUAGCUGUAAGUGAUGGUACUUUGCUGAACUUCAGUUAGUUUGGAAAUGGACACAUAAAAUUCAAGUAUCAUUUUUUUGUUUUAUUGUAGGGGUUAAAUUGUAUGUUAACCUCACUUCAAACCAAUCGCAAAUGGUUAUUUUAGCUUGGAUUGGUCGUGAAAGUUUCUAUUAAUAAUGCUACUCUACAAGUGUGUAAUUGCUCAAUUUUAGUAAUGGGCAUUGUAACAGUGAACUUAUUUGGCUUUGUAAUUCCUUUGUCCCUUUUUCAAGUAGAAAUUUGUGGUGGGCAAUUCAUUAGACGUGGGUAGAUUUUUUCGCAUUUUGUGUUGACUAAUUUUGCCUUUUAAGCUAAAGUUUGGGCUUUAAUAAUGUAAAAGAUGC